ACAAUAGAACUUUAUUUAUCCAAAGACUAAGAGGGAAAUUGAUCUGCCAACAGUUAUAAAACACAAGAUGCAUGAAACAUGAAAUUAAAAUGACGAGUGGAAAGGAUUGGUGAUGUGCAAAGGGGGGGGGGGGGGGGGGGGGGGGGGGGGGGGAAGGUAUAGGAUCGGUAUAGAGGGAUAUAGGUGAAAUGCGGGCAAAUGGAACUAGCUUAGAUGGGCAUCUUGCCAGCAUGGCGUGGUGGGCCGAAGGGCCUGUUUCCGUGCUGUAUGUUUCGAUGCGGCUUAAACGCUGAUGAAUCUGUCUCCUGUGAAACAGUUUGAAUGCAGUGAAGUUAGUAGGUGUUGUGUGGGAUUCAGUCAUGCUCUGACACACUGUUGUUCCGUCCAGCUUCUUGUUGUGGGGCUGUGUCUGCUUGCGGCCCGCACCACCGAUGGACUCCCGGUCAACAGCUCGGCGGUGUACCCGGCUAGUGGCAGAGAGAGCUGGGUACGACCUCCGAUCCAGGGCGGCCGACUGGGAGACAUGUUGCACCACGGCAGGCGUAACCGCUGUAAAACCGAGGAAUACUACAGGGUGAGGAGUGACCUGUGCUGCAGAAACUGUCCAGCAGGAACCCACGUCACUGAGCACUGUCGCAAAGAUCAAGAGAGGGCAAAGUGUGAACCGUGCGUGAAGGGAGAGGCUUACACCAAGUAUGAAAACGGACUGAACAAGUGCAUGCCUUGCACGGUUUGUCGCGAUGAUCAGGAGCAGGUUUCGGCUUGCAAUGUGAAGAAGAAUGCGGUGUGCCAGUGCCAAGCAGGGCGGUACUUUUGCACAGACAACCGGGUCUGUGAGAUGUGUCGCCGAUGUACAUCGCGCUGCCCAGAUGGUGAGAUUGUGCAGACCAACUGUACACCCACGUCGAACACAGUGUGUCAAAAGAAGAUCCUUGGCAAAGAUUCACCUCAGAUGAGCGGGGGAAUGCUAGCUGGUGUGAUCGUGCCAUCUCUCUUUCUGGCUCUCCUUCUCGGUCUCAUUCUCGCUGUGCGUUACUUUUGGAAGAAGUAUCCGCAGCUCCAGCAGAGUGGUAUCUACGGCAAGAUAUGUGGACACUGGAGCGAAAGGGAUUCUUCAGAUCCUGAGAAUGAACCGGCGCAGGGAGCAGACCUAGCGUUGGUAAAUGAUAAUCACUUGGGCACAAGUGAAAGAGGAGGAACUUCUGUGGACACUUCUGGCCACAAUGCGGUCAAUGACAAUUCUGAGGAGAUGACUUUACUUGUGAAUAAGCCUGAAGCAUCACCUGAAGACCGAGGUGGAGCGUGUGACCAGAGCCCGUGUCACAGCAGGAUUGUUGACCUGCCAUUAGACCAAGGGGAUAACUCUUUGAUAGAACAAAAUGGACUGAGUAGCUCCAGAGAUCUUGAUUGUGUUCUCAACACUCCCUCGCUGCGUAACUGUGGAGCCACGGGCAACGAGACGGGCGGAGCUAGCAACGCGAGAUGUUCUGCUGGAAUUACGCCUUCAGUUUCUGACACAGACACGGUAACCAGUAAGCAUCAUUGUUCAGACAACAAAUCCAGGCAUAUAGAAGAUUUACGACAAAGCUUCACUUUAUUUAUUAAAAAUGUACCUCUUAAAAAGUGGAGGCAAUUUAUGCGAAAACUUGACCUGACUGACAACGAGAUAGAAAUGGCUGAGACGAACAAUAGCAAGAACAUUGAAGAAGCCCACUAUCAGAUGCUCAACACCUGGCUGCAGAAAUUAGGCCGAGCCGCCUCUCUCAAUGUCCUGCUCAACACACUGAAGGACAUGGACCUCAAUGAUGCUGCCGACAAUAUCCAGAAAAAUCUAAAGAGCAGUAGUUAUGAAGAUUUGACUUUCGAUCUACAGAGCAGAAACGGGCCCAUCGCAGCUGUGAGUCCGCCCUGAUCAGCGAUAUCACCGUACACCAGCACUAGCCUGUGCGCACAUAAGGAACAAGAUACAAUUUGACCAAAGCAAUGUAACCUACAAAGAUGUAUUCGGUGGUGGACCUACAUUUUUGGGGCACUGAAACUUGAACUGUUAUGGAGGCCCCUUCACAACCAGCAGUGAGUCUGGGUAACCACUGUCAUGUUGUUAAAUGGGGUUGUUCCAUGACAGAUCAGCAAGUUUUAAUUUCUACUAGACCAAGUGCAGACCCGCUGGCUCUGCUCCCCCAACGCAGCUGUUCCCUACCCGUAGCCCCCACGGGAGAUGUGGUCCUCCAACUCAAGCGGGGCGGGGGGGGGGGGGGGG